AUGGGCCCUCAUCGCUAUCCCCCGUCGGGGCCCAUGCAGCACUUUCCUCAAAGUAACCGCAGUAGCAUCUCAGCGAACAGCAAUUACAGUGCAGGGUCGAACGUCGAGCCCACCGCCCCCACGUCGCGACAUCUUUUUGUUCAGAACCUGAGCCCCGGCACCACCUCGCAGCAGCUAAAGGACUACCUUCAGGCCACCGGGACGGUGAGCAGGUGCGACGUGCUCGAUCAAAGAUCCUUUGGACGGACGAAAGUUUGUGCUACGGUCAGCUUCCAAGACGAGGAGGUAGCAAAGGCGGCAAUAUCGAUGUUUGACAAUUCAACAUUCAUGGGCUCGAGGAUAAGAGUUCGUUUCAACCGAGAAAGAAGUCCAUCGAGCGGCAGCCAGCCGAAACAGCCGAGUUCGGAUGAAAAGAGUGCUUCCCACGAGCAUAAAACGGCCGAGGCUGGUCUGGAUAGCGACAAGCCUCAUGCAGCUACUGCCACCUCCCUAGGAGGCUUGAAGGGAGAGCAGGCUUGUCCCGAGAAAAAGUGUGGCGGGCCACUGGUGGUGAAUGGGUCAUGUGUGGGGAUGAAAGCCGGCCGUGGCAAAGAAGAAAAGAGAGAUUAUGAAGGUGAGACUUGCAGAAUUUCGUUGAUCCUUUUUUUUUUUUUUUGCCAGAGAGGUUAG